UAAUAUUAUCAGCGUCCGCCAACGACCCUUCUCGGCUUCUCCAACAAACCGCAUCGCGCCCUGAUCGGCUGCGAAUCCGUGCCAUCCAUCGGCCGGCGCCGAGGCCAUCGACGCUCCACCAUCGUCCUCCUCACCGCCCGCUCCACUACUACUGUGUACUUACAAGUAGUACUUUUGAUCGCACUCUCAAUCUUGGGGGCUGGCUCAUAAAAUCGGCCGCCCACAGGCCGACUGCCUGCAGGCUGCUGCUCCUACCCGUGGCACACCCUUCGUCCACUUACCGAGCUCCACAACUCAAGACUUCGAUCCCCUUUAACGCCCUCCUGCACCGCUGCCUGAGGCGCGCCACGCCACCAGCCCCCCGACCGACUGGACUAUUUCGCACACCACUCCCCCCGGCAUGGCCGGCAAUGGGGUGUCGCCGAGCCCCAGACACCAUACUCACCAUCGCUCCGACGACGAGCCUGACCCUGAUCGAAGACACCGACGUCGCCAGAGAAAGCGCUACGACGACAGUGGCGACGGAUACCCCACCUUUGUGCGUGAGCGGAGAGAGCGGCUCUCUAGACAUCUGUCGAGACGAUCUUCCGAGGUGGACGUUGAGGAACUUCAAAGUGGCAGACAGGCUUACUAUUCCGCCGAACUCGAGAGGCGACGCGAGUCUCAACGCAUGACACAAAAUCGGACGACGGAACGGCGGGCUGUAUCACGGAAUGGCCACCGCGAACCAAGGCGAGAGGGAAUGCGUCGAGAGAAGAGGAGGGAUCUUGUCCAGCAUCGACCUAGCGACGAUUAUGUCUACGGCGCGCCGCAGUCAGAGGCCUUCAUCGAAGAGGGGACUACAAGGCGAUCCUCGGCGAAGAGGAGAAGCAAUGGAGAAGGCUCCUCCAGCCGAACAGUGCAAUCACCACUUUCGGGCUCAAGGUCCCCUUCUCCUCACACGGCACAGGCUUCGAAACCCACGAGGAGUAAGUCUACGAGGGAAACCACGAGAGCUUACAUGGCUGUAAGACCAUCUGUUCGACGGAGCAACACUGUCCGAUUGCGCCCUGCGCCGGUCGCCCCCUCACCGACUCACCAUCGCUCAUCAAAAGAGCAGGUGCAAAGAAGAAGCACGGGUGGGUUCCUUGCCACCCUAUUUGGACCUCCCCCGCGAAUCACUAGCAAUACGCUGCAUAGGGACGCGCCCAGUUCUCACAAUAUCGAAUGUAUAGCUUGCAGGAGCGACGAUAUACCUGCGAGAAAAGCAGCCAAGCUGAAGUGCGGCCACUAUAUGUGUCGGUCCUGUUUGAGGCGUGUCUUCACGCUCUCUUUGACGAAACCUGAGCUUAUGCCGCCGAAGUGCUGUACCUCUGCGGCCAUUCCUAUGAAGCAUGUAGAACAUCUCUUCGAUGACCAGUUCAAAGCCACCUGGAACAGGAAGUUGAAAGAAUUCUCCACCUCGGAUAGAAUAUACUGCCCAAACAAGGGAUGCGGCGAGUGGAUCGAACCAUCGAAGAUCAAGAAGGAUAUGACGGGAAGAAAGUACGCCCGCUGUGACUACUGCCACACCCACGUGUGCGCCAAGUGUAACAGGAAAUUCCAUCGAACAAGGUGCUCUGUCGACCUCGAAGUUGACGAAGUGAAUCGAAUGGCAAAGGAGAAGGGCUGGCAAAGAUGCUACAACUGCAAGAACAUGGUCGAGCUGAAGGAUGGCUGUAACCAUAUGACCUGCAUUUGUAAGGCGGAAUUUUGCAUGCGCUGUGCCAAAAAAUGGAGGACUUGCGACUGUCCAUGGUUCAAUCAUGAGCAUAUUGAGGACAACUACAACUACGUUGAGCCGCAGGCCCCUCGGAACCAAGCACAAGCGCCGACACACAUGGAAGCAUUCCUAGCCCAGCCAUUAGCCCUGCGACCUCGCCGGGGCCCUCCUCCUUUGCAGAGAGCUACCCAGACUGAAUUAGCACAGACCGAAGAUGCGCUUAGGGCGACCUUGCAUGCCCAGCUGGAGCUCGAACAACGCUCUCCAACACCGAGAGCUAUGCGCUCGAGCGAUCCAGCCGUCCAUGUCAACGGCCUGGGAAACGCCGCCGGCCAUCAUAUGAACGAUUCCUAUCAAUUUCGAUACUUUGCGCCACGCCCGAUUGCGUACUCAGCUCCGCAGCACACCCCAUCCGCACCGGUGCAGCGGAGGGCUUCGUAUUCUGCGCGUCCCCUGGCUGUGUCAGCGGCAAGAGCAGCUGCUCGCAGGUCGGGACCGCAGGAACCUUCUCGCCAUGUGAGGGUGCGCUCGGUGCCGGCUGUGCAGGCGUCAACCAUGGCCGGGUUGGAUCGCGACGGUAGCAAGCGUGGGCAUAACAGAGUUGGGACGUGGGUGCGAUAUGUACAGACGGAUUAUGAAGCCGUUCAAACCGCACCUCAGGACGUCGAAGUCGACGAGUGGGAGGUCGAGGGACCCAUGGUGGGCAUUCCAUGACAAAGGAGGUGUAUAUGCUGUGCGUGAGAAACGGCCAGACGAACUACGAACUACGAACGUGCCAGAUGUACGACCGAUAAACGAGUUAUGAUAAUGACGAUGAUGGGGCCAUAUACCAUUGGUUUGUCCAGGCAAUUAGGGCUGGACAAAAGAGAGUUUCACUGUGCCGCCGGGCGGUCAUGGGAAGCUGGAACCUUCAACUCCUGGUGACCGGCAUCAGGAGAUGUACUCUACAAGUAUAUACCCUUUCCGGCAGUGGUUGUCUCUCGUGGUGUACACAUAUUAUUGAGACGGGGUCGGCAUGUACGGAUCACAGUGUAGCUGGAUGUGAUGGCUGCUCCCCGCACGGGACGGGAUGCAGUGAAGCUAUGGCCAUGCAUGUUGCUUGGCAUCUGAUGCACAGUAAGCAGAUGCAAUCAUGACGUCAUAGAGCCAAAGCUUUGGUGAGCUCUUGCGGCUAG